AAGAGAGAGAGAGAGAGAGACAGACUGUUAAAGGUUAUGUCAAAAUGGCGUUUGCUAUCUCCUGAGCCCAGAGAUUCAGCAUCGACGACGCGGUGUUCACUGCCAGCGGAUCCGAAAUGCCGUCCAGGUCGCUGCCAACCAGGUCGCGCGCGCGAUAGAGUGAGCGAGACGGAGAGAGAAAAAAAGUGACAGCUCUUGUGACGUAACGCGCCACGCGAUGAGAUCCGUUUACAAGUUGUUCCUGCUGUGCCUUAUCCUGGCCGCGCUGAUAAUCCUGCUGAACGUGACGGCGAAUUUUUCCAGCAAGGUGAACGACCAGACGCUCGCGAGCCGGGAACGUCUGGUGCUGCAGAGGAAUAAGUCACCAGGAGUCGCGUCGACAACGACGCCGUCGUCGUCGCUGUCGUCGUCGUCGUCGUCGUCGACGGGCGAGGUGACGAUAUGCGUCGUGGUGUGCGGGGACAGGGUGCACGAGGCUCUGACGAUGCUCAAGUCGGCGCUGGUUUUUACUAACAGGCCCCUGCAAUUCGUGAUACUGGCGGAGCACGAUCUAAUUCCGGCCUUCAGCGAGAAACUGUCGGAAUGGAAGCACAUGUCGAACAAGACCUUCAACUUCCUAGUGCGACCCAUCACCUUCCCGGACGGCAGCGACGUGGCCAUGUGGAAGAAGCUGUUCAAGCCUUGCGCAGCUCAGCGACUCUUCCUACCAACUGUGCUGAAUGAUACGGAUGCGGUGCUCUAUGUGGACACGGACACUCUGUUUCUGGCCCCACCAGAGAAGAUCUGGGACGAGUUCAAGAAGAUGAACUCCAGCCAGCUGGCAGCCCUCAGCCCGGAACACGAGGAUCCCAACACCGGCUGGUACAACAGAUUCGCCAAGCAUCCUUACUACGGCAAGCUGGGUGUCAACUCUGGAGUGAUGCUGAUGAAUCUUACAAGAAUGCGCGAGUUUCGAUGGACUGACUACGUGAUUCCCAUACAUAAGGAGUACAGACUGAAGAUCACCUGGGGCGAUCAGGAUAUCAUCAACAUAAUAUUUCACCAUCAUCCGGAGAAGCUGUACGUCUACUCGUGUAGAUACAACUACAGGCCUGAUCACUGUAUGUACAUGUCAGUGUGUGCGGAGGCGGAAAGAGAGGGUGCCCUGAUGCUGCACGGUUCCCGUGGCACUUUCCACUCGCAGAAGCAGCCGCCCUUCAGGGCCGUCUACACUGCCAUGCAGGAGUAUCAGCUAAACACGGAUCCAUACGACGAGCUGCUUGUGCCGAUGAGAAGUUACCUGGCACUGGAAGACAGGUCUAACUGCGGUAAAGUUCCCAAAGUGUUCAUCAUCCAGCCGGAGUUGCAUUUAACUCCCCACAAUUUUUGAAGCUUCCAUUCAAGAAUUUUUUAUACACGGUCGCGCGAGCUACACUUGGACUGUCUUUUGAAAUCUUUAUAGAUUUUGAAGUCUUUAUAGCGCUCGUCCUGACGAAUAUUAUACAGUAUAUUAUAUACAAAUAUAAAAUAUGGUAUGUAAUAUA